AUGAAUUCUGGGAUCAACUACAGCGAGCGCUACUACGACGACGUGUACGAGUAUAGGCAUGUAGUGCUCCCCCCCGAGAUCGCGACUCGGCUGCCAAAAGACCGCUUGCUGCAUGAGCACGAGUGGCGCUCACUGGGUGUGCAGCAGUCCCGGGGCUGGAUCCACUACACCAUCCACCGCCCCGAGCCCCACAUCAUGCUCUUCCGACGAGCAAAGGGGUACGGCACAGCCGCAGCCGUAGUGCCCAUGCAGCAGUAA